ACAUGAGUUCAGUGUUAAGGGCAAAUAUUAUAGUUGAUCAAUACUGGUAUUGGAGUACAACCAAGUUAUUGCAGUUGGCCCUGUAAAAUUUGGCAAAUAUAAAUAAAGCAGAAACCUGAUUGCAUUAUUGCACUGUGUAGUUCUCUCUCAGCCUUUAUACUGCCACAUUUCCAUUUUAAGGCCUACAGUAACAAGAUGUCUACUGCGGGAUGCAUGUUAAAUGGAGCCAUCACUGCUGUGUAAGUGGUACAGCAACAGUCGUUACAUUCUCAGAGAUGAACUGGCUCCUGGCCUCCCUGGCCAACGUCACACUUCGACCAAUCAGAUCACGAGCUUCAACCUCACUGACCCCUAGCUCCUUGCGGAAUCCCUCCAAACUGGCCUGAUAUGAAGCUGUAAUGAGGACAUCAGCUCCACUCUCUAAGUAGCUCUUGUGAACGUUCAGGAUGGCCUCGGGGUCAGAGUGCAAAAGUCUCGCACUCCAGAGUGGAUCUGCCUGAAAUUGUGUGUCCUCUUCUCUCUAAUUCAGUAGCCAGUCCUCCGUCUAGCAACAGAACUCUGCCAGACCUUCCACUCCAUAAAUCAGGGAAAUCCGUCAUCUUUGUAACUGGCGGCGCGCGCGGAAAAAUUGACCUUUUCGGCCCAAACCACGUGGCCGUAUAGCGCGAUCGAGUGAACACUGCACACGGCUCUGAAAGUCUCGAGUCGAAAGGCCGUUUGGAAGGAUUUGGCUAAACCUUACUCUACCGCUGCUGGUUGCUGUGGCACUAAGACAGAAAUGGCUGCGGAGAGGCCCGGGAAGCGAGCAUGUCUGGAUACCUUUCUCUUCACCUCCGAGAGCGUGGGAGAGGGACAUGCGGACAAGAUCUGUGAUCAGGUGUCAGACGCCAUAUUGGAUGCCUGUCUGGCCCAAGACCCACUCAGCAAAGUGGGGUGCGAGUGUGCGACGAAGACAGGGAUGAUAAUAAUCCUGGGAGAGAUCACCAGCACUGCUGUCGUCGACUACCAGAAGGUUGUCAGGGAAACCGUCAAGAGAAUUGGCUACGAUGACUGCAGGAAAGGGUUUGACUACAAGACGUGUAAUGUACUGACGGCAGUAGAGAAGCAGUCUGCAGAAAUAGCGCACGGAGUGCACGUUGGUCGUCGUGACGAAGACAUUGGAGCUGGCGACCAGGGACUGAUGUACGGGUAUGCCACAGACGAGACUGAGGAGAUGAUGCCUCUGACCAUCAUGUUGGCCCACAAGAUGAACCAGCUGAUGGCCAAGUAUCGCAGAGAUGGAACACUCCCGUGGAUCAGGCCUGACUCAAAGACCCAGGUGACAGUUGAGUAUCGUCUCGAGGAAGGAGCGUGUGUCCCAAUGAGGGUCCAUACUGUGGUGGUGAGUGUUCAGCACAGUGAAGACAUCUCCCUGGAGGAUAUGAGAUCCCAGAUCACCGAGAAGAUUGUCAAGGAGGUGGUACCAGCCAAGUAUCUGGACGACCAGACAGUCUAUCAUAUCCAGCCUUCUGGGUCGUUCAUUAUUGGAGGUCCUCAGAGUGACGCAGGUCUCACUGGCCGUAAGAUCAUAGUGGACACCUACGGAGGCUGGGGUGCUCAUGGGGGCGGGGCCUUCUCCGGGAAAGACUGCUCCAAGGUGGACCGAUCAGCCGCCUACGCCGCUCGCUGGAUCGCCAAGAGUCUGGUCGCUGCCGGGCUGGCACGACGCGUCCUCCUUCAGAAAAACAGUGAGAUAGGGGAAAGAUUGAAGCGAGAUAGGGGGAAAGUGUCGAUCAGUAUAAGUGUACCUGAUUUCAGUGAACACCAGAAUACAUCCAUGACCUCACUCCCUGUCCAGAUCUCGUAUGCCAUUGGAGUGGCUCGUCCCCUAUCAAUGUACAUUGACACCUAUGGUACAGGGUCAAAGUCGAAUGCUGAACUGCAUGACAUCAUUGAGAAGAACUUUGACCUCCGACCUGGAGUUAUUAUAAAGGAUUUGGGAUUGCGUAAUCCGAUAUUUGGAGCUACAGCGUGCUAUGGUCAUUUUGGGAGGGCGGAGUUUCCAUGGGAGCAACCAAAGAAGCUAGUUCUGUAGCGUUUUUGAUGAACUAUUUAUAUUGGAAGGAGUUCCUGGGAUUCCGCGGAAACUGAAGUUCAAAUUACGUAAUGAAGUUUAUCACGUGAUUACCUGUGCGCAUGCGCGUCUUUGGGGUAUAGGUAUAUGAAGCGCGCGCGGAUUUGUCCGCGGCACAUUGUUGUGUGAUCAGCAAAGACAAAGAACUGAUUUCUACUUCAAGCUCUACACCUGUCUGGAGGAAAUGGGAUCGCUAAUCAGCAGUCGGCGGAUCUACCAAACAUCAUCCAAGAACAGCGGAGGUCGAAAAUUCAGGGGACGCUCGAGAUCACCUGACGUCUACUCCAAGAGAAGCUCCAUUAACAGACCUGUUCUUAGACUCCAGGUGAAGCCAGAGACACUCACCAGACAAGGCAUACAGACAACAAACGGAGUCUCAGAGUUCAGACGGUCAACUCUCAGAAAACUUGCUCAAUCCGGAGUCCCAUAUGAAAACUUGCUGUCGGCACCAGUGAAUGGUUGUCGAGCCCACACUCCACCUCCUGUUCUACGUCACAACCUGAAUCCUCCCACCUCCCUCCCUCCCCACACCCUCCCCACUCCCUCCCUCCCCCUCCCCAACCUCCCACGGAGGUCGCACUCUCUCGAUGCCCUUGACUCCAUGAUCAUCAUACAGUAUGUGGAGAACGACAGUGACUUGGCUGAUGGUGACAGCGACAGCCACUUGGCCCGACUCUCUUAUGCCAGAAUGAAGGAAGUCAAAAGAGAAGAAGAGCAUUUCGGAAACAUUACGAUCAGAAAUGGGUCUCCUCCCAUCGUUACUCCUAGCACCAGUCUCGGAAUGAUCAACGUCUGUCAGAGAAUACAAGACCACACACCCCAGCAACACACAGACCACGCCCCCCAGCAACCAAGCCACACCCACUCGAUAGAGAGAGUUGACCACACCCUCUCCAGUGGGGCAGAGACUGAAGAAAGUGGAAGCAGAUCUGCCACACCUGAUGAUGAGGGUUUGAUGAAUGGAUGUUCCCAGUUCCGGCGCUGCCGUUCCACUGAUGCUCUGUCCCGGUUCCAUUCCAGCAAGGGCUGGAAGACAUUCCAGAGUGCGUCGUCAGAGGACGAGGACGGAGGUGGAAUGGAAUGGAGUCUGGGAGAGAGCAUCAUGAAAGCCAUGUCUCAGCACGGGCUCACUCUCUUCAACAUUGACAACCCAACUUCUGCCAGUGAGCACGAGGUUAACAAAGCCUGGCCCCAGUUGAGAGACAAGAUGAAGAUGUGGAAAUCUCAGCACAGUCUUGAUAAACUGGAGAGCUCUAGUGCCUCCGAAGACACUAUAUUCAGACCACACCCCAUCACAAUCACUGCACACUGAUUACAUCAUGAUUACAUCACUGCAUUUAUCAGCAUUUUGGAUCACAGACAUUUUCCCAUGUAUUUUUUGUCCUAUGUGUGUAUAAAUUGCCAGCACUAUCAUCAGAUGUGACAACACAGCAGUAUUACAAAAAUCCAUCUCUUUUUGUGCGCAUGCGUAGUGUAAGCGCGCGGUUUGCGCAUGCGUGAAAAUGGACAUGUGACCUAUCGACCGAUCUCUUCGACGGAGUAAGUCGCUUCUCUCUCAUCUCUCCUCAGCUAGGCAGCAGUGGUCAUGAAGCUCCUGUUGGUGCUGGCGGUGGUAGCCAUGACGAGCGCUCUCCCUCGAGUGGACGAAUGGCAGCAGUGGAAACUGCAAUACCAGAAGCAGUACUCGAGUGAGGAAGAGGAGUACCGCAGACACAGGGUCUGGAUCUCCAAUCUCAAGUUCAUCGAGGAGUUUGACUCUGAGACCGAGGGUUUCUCUGUAGCCAUGAAUGAGAUUGGAGACCUGGACCCGAGGGAGUUUGUAUCUCGAUAUAAUGGACUGACGAGGAAUCCUCCUAGCCCCAGCGGCGAACCUUGCACCCUGGGGAAGGACGUGUCCGACCUUCCGACCACAGUUGACUGGAGGACAAAGGGUUACGUAACUGGAAUCAAGAACCAGGGUUCCUGUGGUUCCUGCUGGGCCUUCUCAGCCACUGGCUCUCUGGAGGGACAGCACUUCAACGCCACCGGACAACUGGUCUCUCUCAGUGAGCAGAACCUUGUGGACUGCUCCACUGCCGAGGGUAACGAGGGAUGUAAUGGUGGUCUCCCGGACGACGCCUUCAAGUAUGUGAUAACCAACGGAGGAAUUGACACGGAGGCUAGCUACCAAUAUGUUGCCAGGGAUGAGAAAUGCCGUUUCUCAAAAUCCAGCAUUGGCUCCACAUGCAGUGGUUACAUCGACAUCAAGAGCAAAUCGGAGGAUCAACUCCAGGCUGCCUCGGCAACCGUGGGACCCAUCUCCGUGGGGAUCGACGCCUCAAACAUCGGCUUCCAGUUCUACCACGGUGGGGUGUACCACAGUGUGUUGUGUUCCCAGACGAGACUUGACCAUGGGGUACUGGUGGUGGGGUACGGAGUGUAUGAGGACAAGGACUAUUGGAUGGUCAAGAACAGGUACACCAGCUACUGUAUGUAGUGGGUUAUAUGAGGACAAGGACUAUUGGAUGGUCAAGAACAGGUACACCAGCUACUGUAUGUAGUGGGUUAUAUGAGGACAAGGACUAUUGGAUGGUCAAGAACAGGUACACCAGCUACUGUAUGUAGUGGGUUAUAUGAGGACAAGGACUAUUGGAUGGUCAAGAACAGGUACACCAGCUACUGUAUGUAGUGGGUUAUAUGAGGACAAGGACUAUUGGAUGGUCAAGAACAGGUACACCAGCUACUGUAUGUAGUGGGUUAUAUGGGGACCUGAAUCCUCUUUCAUUUUGUUCUGUGACAUCCCAAGUCUUCCAAUAUCCAAGUAUACACAUAAUUAUGACACCAACUAAGGGAUUUCACCAAAGUCUUCGAUACCUUCCCAGUAGAAAUUUGCAGUGGAUGUGACAUAAUGUACAUGAUUGAGAGCCAAACGAAUGAUGAUUACUCUUUGGCGGCACUUGAAGAUUUAUCCUAGCAAGCCAGUACGUAGUUGGUAUAUACAUACAAACCCUACUUAAACAGAUUUAACACACAUCUUCUUUGAACAC